AUGCGUGUCGAUCCCUGUUUCUUUUGCGGCCGUCCGGCCUGGCCCUCCAAGGGCAUUACCUUUAUGCGUAACGAUGGCAAGUCCUUCCGCUUCUGCCGCUCCAAAUGCCACAAGAACUUCAAGAUGAAGCGCAACCCCCGCAAGCUCAAGUGGACCAAGGCCUACCGCAAGAACGCCGGCAAGGAGAUGGUGGUCGACAGCACCCUGCAGUUCGCCGCCCGCCGCAACGUGCCCGUCCGCUACGACCGCGAGCUCUUCCAGAAGACGGUCAAGGCCAUGGAGCGCAUCUCGGAGAUCCGCCAGCGCCGCGAGCGCAUCUUCUACAAGCGCCGCAUGGCCGGCAAGCGCGCUCGCGAGGUCGCCGCCGCCCGCAAGCUGGUCGCCGAGAACGAGCACCUGCUCCCCCGCCUGCGCGGCUCCGAGAAGAGGAGACUGGCCGAGCUCGCCAAGGAGACGGGCCAGGACGUCGAGGAGCUCGAGCGCGACGAGCUGGCCAAGAAGGCCGCCAGCAAGAAGACCAAGGCGUUCGGCGGCGAGGUCAAGAGGCUCCGCGUCAGGACAGACGGCGGCGUGGAAGAGAUCUCGGAGCGCGUUGGUGGUGGAAACGUUGUCGAUGAGGAUGAUGACAAUGACGACGAGAACGAUUUCGAGGACGUUAACGACGAUGACGAGAUGGACACCGACUGA